AUGGACGAUAUAGCAUUGCGGGCGUCUGAUCAUGUUUUAGAGGUGAUAUUUUCGUAUCUGGACCUGCACACGCUGAGAAACUGCUCACUGGUGUGCAAACGGUGGUACCGGUUUCUCAACGACGAGAACAAUGACGUGUGGCGGAUGCACUGCAUAAGAAAGCUUGCCCAGGAAGCCCUCAGCUCCGACUUGUUGUCAUCUGUGCCCACGUACAAAUCGAAACUGCGUGCGUUCUAUCAUGCGUGGAAUCCGAACGAUUGUUCGCGGAACAUUUACAUAAAACCCAACGGAUUCACUCUGCACAGAAAUCCGGUAGCCCAAAGUACAGAUGCGUGUAGAGGCAAAAUAGGCUUUCGACAUGGGCGUCAUGCCUGGGAAGUAAUCUGGGAAGGACCAUUAGGAACAGUAGCAGUAAUAGGAAUAGCCACUAAAGAAGCACCCCUGUUGUGUCACGGAUACGUAGCAUUGCUUGGCUCUGAUGAACAUUCCUGGGGUUGGAACCUUGUCGAUAAUCAUUUACUACAUAAUGGAGAUCCACAGGGAAAUUAUCCUUUACUCAACAAUGCCCCAAAAUAUCAGGUUGGAGAAAGGAUUAGAGUAAUUUUGGAUUGUGAUGAUAAUACCUUAUCUUUUGAGAAGAAUUAUGAAUUUUUGGGUGUAGCUUUUAGAGGGUUACCAGAUAAAAGAUUAUAUCCAUCUGUAUCUGCGGUUUAUGGAAAUACAGAAGUAUCCAUGGUAUACUUAGGACCACCAUUGGAUGGCUAA